GAACAAAUAAACGGACUUAGCCACAUCUCGCCAUCUGCAGUGAUGUCGAUACAGACUCUCGGCUGACAAGGUUACAUGUCACAGUUCAUCACCGGGUUUUCAUGUCCGUGAAUCGCCGGCGGUGUGUGAGAGCGCACGACGACCUGACUGCGACUGAAAUACACCACACCGAUCUGCCCUGACAGAUGGCCAUUGUUACACCGGAAGUCUGAAUAUGCCUGUUAAUAUAUAGGCAUAAUGAACAGACGCACAAUAAAUAUGUUCCAAAAGUUUCUCCUGAGAAGAUGGCACAUGUUCUUUUGGAUGAUAACAGCGACGUCGGUGUUCUUCUGGGUUAUUUUGCUGGCUAUACGACGUCAUGAGACGCAGGUUGUCUUGAACAAUGGCUUAUAUGGGCGGAAACUGAGAGACGAAGGCCAUCAGCCUGGCAACCCUCAUUUAAAGAAACCUUUGAUGAAAAUGGAGAAUUCGGAACUUCACAAAACGAUAAUGAAUGCCAGCAAAUUGUUAACGAAUCAACGUUUUGAAAAUCUGCCUAUGGAUAAGAUAGGAUUGAUAUAUAAAGACAUUCUCAACUGGAGUCAUAUUGUCAGUGAUGAUGAAUUGGACCCGCUGCUGAACCGUCAUCAUUUUGCCUACCAUCUGACCACAAGCACGUGUAGAGAUGGUUCCCCAGACAUUCUAAUAUUUGUCCAUUCGGGGUGUGAUCAUUUUGCCAAGCGACAGCUGGUGAGGAAAACAUGGGGGUCGGUCAAGACGGUCAGAGGUCUGUCUUUUCGAACUGUCUUUAUGCUCGGUGAAACUAGCAAUCAAACUUUACAAAAGGUCCUUGAAACCGAAUCCUUACUCCGCGGUGAUAUAGUUCAAGGGAAUUUUGCAGACACCUAUAAAAACCUAACUUACAAGCAUAUAAUGUCAUUAGGUUGGAUCCUGAAGGAAUGCCCGGGAAUAAAAUUGAUUGUAAAACUUGACGAUGACACCAUGCUUAAUACAUACAAUCUGGUGGACUACUUUCAUCUUCCUGGGGCAAAGGACAGACUGUUAUACUGUUCUGUGUAUUACCGACAAGGGCCGUUGAGGCACAACAGAACUAAAUGGUACGUCAGCCCAAGCGAGUACCCUUUUCAGAAGUUCCCGAAUUAUUGUGAAGGAUUUGGUUACGUCAUGUCACCGGAUGUCGCAAGAUCACUGUACAAAGCGUCUGAAGAUGCGCGAUACUUCUGGGUGGACGAUGUCUACGUCACUGGUAUCCUUACGUUGAAAGUAGGCCUGACUUUGUCCGACUUCAUCAGCGGUUUUUCGUAUAAAAGGGAUGCAACAAGUAACAUGAAUAUCAAAAGAGCCAUGUUUAUGUCGGGAGUGAGGAACUGGGAGUCCAUGUGGAAUGACAUCUUUCCGAAUGUAACUUCUGUCUAGAAGCAAUCCAGAAGAACGAAUGCUAAAUCUACGUAUGCAUUACCGGUGAGAUUAACUGCGGGUCAUAAACUGCCCAUGUUUGACCGUGGCUCAAAAUGACUGUUUUCAGUUUUAUAACGUUUGAAGCGUUUUGGUCAAGUCCAAUUUUCAAGUGUAUACUUUCUUUUGCCCAGCAGUUCGUUUUUUGUCUUCUGCAGACGUUAGCCGUCUAUUGAAAGUCCCUCUCUAGAUUCUGCUGAAGUAAAGUUGAUUCUCGGUGAUGAGCAUAUCAGGGACAGAACUACAAAUAUAUACUUCUCGGGACAAUGUAUGUGCAAGCCGGAUCAUUCCAACCUAUGUAACGUGUUGUGUGAUUACAGGACAGAAUGUCUGCUUAAUAACUAUACAUGUGAACAUGUUGACGUCUAAGCACUAUGUUCUGGUAAUUGUGUGAUAACAUUAUUUAGAAUAAUGUUUUGAGGAAAGAAACACGUAUCCUGUCAGUGAAUUCGUCGGUUUUCAACUUUGAUGAAUUCUUUCUUUGCAAAUCACCUCCAUUCACGUGGGUAUUUUUUUCUGAACCAGCGCAUUUCUCAAGAACAUCCGUAAACAAGUUAUACUAUUAAUUGGCGAGUCAAUGAUAAUAUAUUUAGCCAUAGUUCAUGUUGUUCACCUUGAUGAAUACACAGGGAAAGCUGUUGAUAUUAAUGUACAUAACUCAUGGAUGGAGAAUUUGUGAAUCUUGAGGGAACAUAGCGUUUUCAUAAAUGGUUAUAACACCACAAAGGAGUAAUAUGUGAUUCUCAUCAUUGACAGAGGCAACAAACGUCCGUGUUUGCAGGAGAUUUACGUCCGUGUUUGCAGUUGGAUUUAUAUUGACAUGACUGGAUAAUCAUAGCUUUGACAUGUUUUUUGUUCGUAAUUAACUUCUGUCAAACGACUGUUAGAGACUUCAAUUAUCGACUUGUCACCUUUCAGUAGUCUUAUGAGAAACACGUGUGUCCACGGGAGCGUAGUCAAUUUCAUCGUCAUAACCUGCACGUGCACAACAUGCACACACUCUCUGUAACAAACCAAACUAUGUUUGCCCAAAUUCCGUGCACCGUCUAUUUAUCUCAAACUCGUUUUGCGUUGGUUCAACUUAUUAACUCCUUGCUCCUUGCACACAUACUAAUACACAAGGCCUAAUCUGGAGAGAGAUAAUCUUAUAAGCCUGGCCCUAAUCCGUUUCGAAUACUCAUCAAGGUAAUAUAACAUUGCAUAAGCUUUAGAUGGUUAGUGGGAAGGUGGCUCAGGGCCGAGUUUCAACCAGUACAUUUGCAAUGCGUUAUCGAAGUUGUUUGAACAGGAUAUCCUGUGAUAACAAAAUGUAUGUGCGUAUGUAUUGAAUUGAAAGUGUCUGCGUUUCCAUUUUGUUCUUACAACUUUCGAUUUGGGAGAUUAUAUUUAUGGCAUUUCAAUGGGAAAUAGAGCAAGUAUAUUUUGUUACAAGAAUCGUGUCAUCUGGUUAAAAGGAAAAUCUUCAACUUCUUGAAAUUCAGCAAAUGUUCAGUUAAGCUAUUCUGCUCUUUUCUUGAACAUGUGCUGAAUGUAGGACAUGUCUUGG